AUACAAAAUGUGGCCAUCCACCCGUGCCGUUGAACGCUCGCAUGACCUUGAGCUCGCCAGCUUUGGCACCGGGUACCACCGCGUCGUACAGGUGUGAUGAAGGAUACGAAACUUUCGGAAAUACACAAAUAUCGUGUUCUUCAUCGGGGCGGACAGGAGACCUACCAUUUUGUGGUGUUAACAUAGCUUUCCGUAAGCCAGCAAACCAAUCCACUACAGUUAGAGGUGGCAGUGCUCUAAACGCCAACGAUGGCGAACGUAGCACUGAACACGACAGCAAAAAAUGCUCAGAAACUCAAAAAGAGGCCAGUCCUUGGUGGCAAGUGGACCUUUUGAGGCCGUACCCCGUUAAAGUGGUCAGGGUGACUACUAGGGGUUGUUGUGGUCAUCAACCCUUACAAGACUUGGAGAUCAGAGUAGGGAACAGCAGUACUGAUUUGCAGAGGAACCCUUUAUGUGCUUGGUUCCCGGGAACUAUAGAUGAAGGAUCUACAAAGACGUUUACUUGUGCAAGAUCUCUCAUUGGCCAGUACGUUUUUCUGCAACUUGUUGGUGUAGAAGGUUCAUUAUCUCUUUGUGAGGUUGAGGUGUUCACUACUGAUGAAUUUUCUGUAGAUAGAUGUGCACCAAAAGACGCUCCCGAAGAAGCCCAACUUGCUGCUUUCGCCAGAACAUGCUACGAAUUGGGUGUAACUAGAGGAGAAUCUUUCCAGGAAGCCAGAGCAUAUUGCCAAAGUCACAAUGGUGACUUGGUACAUGGCAUGAACCCAGGCCAAACGUCAUUCAUUUAUGCUGAGCUUGAACGAAGAAAACCAACUCUCAGAACGCAGUUGGUGUGGAUCGGUGCUCAGAAAGAACCGGGACUUACAUCCAGAACUUGGAAAUGGGUCAAUGGUGAUUUAGUGCUGCGCCCUUCGUGGGGCAAGGACCAGCCCAACAACUACAACGGCGAGCAGAAUUGCGUGGUGUUGGACGGAGGUCGCGGCUGGCUAUGGAAUGACGUGGGAUGCAAUCUAGAUUACCUGCACUGGAUUUGUCAGCACGUGCCGUCAUCUUGUGGAAGUCCUGACAAACUAAUCAACACCACAAUAGCCGGAAGUGACUACAGUCUUGGAGCAACAAUCCACUACAACUGUCCAGAAGGGCACAUGCUCAUAGGAGACAGCAACAGGACUUGUGGAAAGGAAGGAUUUUGGACUGGCAUGCCUCCAACUUGCAAAUUUGUUGAUUGUGGAAGUCUGUCUAACAUGGAUCAUGGAACAGUUACUCUGAAAGAUUCCAGAACUACUCAUGGAGCUAGAGCUAUAUAUACUUGUCAUGAAAACUACACAUUAAUAGGACACGAAAUUAGAACUUGCGGUGAUGACGGAAAAUGGACCAAUUCCACACCUCAGUGUCUUUUCGAUUGGUGUCCAGAUCCGCCUGAUAUCCAUGGAGGGGUUGUCCAUACCUCUGGACACAGAGCUGGAGAUACUGCCACUUAUACCUGUCAAUCCGGCUACGUCAUUUCCGGAGAAGGGGUACUUUCUUGUGGCUUGGGUGGUGAGUGGUCUGGCAAAGCUCCCACGUGUAAGUACGUCGAUUGCGGAGCUCCACCGAACAUAGAUUUCGGUCGGUACGAACUUAGGAACAGUACCACCACGGUAGAGAGUAUUGUGGAGUACUUUUGUGACAACGACUAUUGGUUGGAUGGUCAAAAAGUUCAGAAAUGUACGAGGGAAGGCAAAUGGUCUGCAGACACGCCAUUUUGCGAGUUAAUAACAUGCGAAGAACCCGACGUACCUUCAGGAAGUUACGUAGUAGGGGUAGAUUUCAACGUCCAUUCCAACAUAGAGUACCACUGUGAAGUUGGCCACAUUCUUCGCGGUGAACCUUCACGUCUAUGUCAAAGAAGUGGUGAAUGGUCUGGUACUACACCAACGUGUGAAUAUAUUGAUUGUGGUAAAGUUCCUACAAUGUUGUAUGGAGAGGUACACUACACUAAUGGUACUACAUACUUGGGAAGCGAACUAACAUACACUUGUGCCAAAAAUUACAAAACUAUUGGAGUUACUAAACGAUAUUGUAUGCAGAAUGGUCUUUGGAGUGAUGCGACUCCAAAAUGUGAAGAAAUCAGAUGCCCUGAGCCUAUUCUAGCCGAGCACAGCAUUCUCUCAGUGACCGGAAAUGACAGAAUGUAUGGUAGAACACUUAUAAGAACAGCUGAAACUUCAAACGUUGGAGCUUCUUCCUUCAAAAUCGGUGCUUUGGCCAAAUAUAGAUGCGAAAGAGGGUAUAAAGUAGUAGGGGAACCCCUGAGUACUUGCGAGGAUAGUGGACAGUGGAGUGGAGAUGUGCCACAAUGUGUCUAUGUGGACUGUAGAAAUCCAGAAAAAAUCAACAACGGUAUUGUGACUUUACCAUCAAACGCUACUUACUAUGGAGCACUAGCUCUGUACUCUUGCGAUCCCAAUUUUGAACUGGAUGGUGUUUCAAGACGUUUGUGCUUGGAAAAUGGUACAUGGAGCUCAGACACGCCACUCUGUAAAGAAAUUCAAUGUAAGAACCCAGACACCUUUGCUGGUGUUGAAUUCAAGAUCAGUACUCACAGCGUCGGUGGAGUGGCUCAGUAUUACUGCUCUAGAGGACAUACAAUGCAGGGUAAUUCUACCAGGAUAUGUCAGAAGAAUGGGUCUUGGAAUGGGUUAGCUCCAACGUGUGUUCCUGUCGAUUGUGGGCAUCCUGGUUUAAUAGAAAAUGGCAGAGUGAUAGUUACCAAUGGUACAGUUUACAACAGUGCAGUAGAAUACCUUUGUAUCCCAUCCUACGAAAGGAUAGGACCUUACUUGAGGAAGUGUCUAGAUAAUGGAUUAUGGUCAGGUGAUCAACCAAGAUGUGAAAUGGCUACAGAAGAACCUCAGGAAGAUUCAAAUUUGGGUACAAGUAUAGGGAUAGGUGCAGGAGUUGUGGUAUUUUUGCUGGUGCUGUUGGGGAUCAUUUACCUAAAAUUACGCAAACCAGUGACUGUCAAAAACACUGAAAACAUCGAAGGUGCCGAAAGGAAAGAAGAUAGAAACGCUGCCGUCAUGAGUUACGCAACGUUGAGUGAUCGCAAUGGCUACAAUAACUAUGGUCAAACGAAUAUAUAUGAAAACAUUCACGACCAUGAGAAUAUGUAUGACGCUCCUUAUGAAGAAUCCAGUAGGGACAGUGGUACUUACGAACCUGAACCAAUUGGUAGGAAUGGGAACGUUGUUACUAUCAAUGGAGUAGCUGUCAGAUAAGAUAGACACCAUAAGGUUGUUCCAAUUUUGAUAUUAACAACUGCCUUUUGAAUUGAUUGUGAUGCUGUACAUAGAUAUUUAGAAAAAAACUCGUAGACAAAAGAAUAUUUUAAUUUAUUUUGGUUUAAUCACGGUUUUAAGUUAAUAAAUAACGAACUCUUAAUUGUGUAGAGUGCUUAUAUUUACUGCACGUGAUGUUAACACAGAAUACGAGAAAAUUAUUACCAAUAAGUUACCUAGAACUGUAAAAUAAUGUAUAUUUUUAAGAUGUGUUUGUAGUUUAAGGUGUACAAGUUGAAUGAAUGUUGUGUAUAUGAUUGUACUGUGUAUUUGGACUAAAACACGAAUC